UAAUUUUCCUUUUAGAAAACCUCUUCCAUUGGAGUGGAGCGGAAAAGAAAUGGGGAUUCAGGAUUUCAUCAGCUCCACCACCAAUUCACUGAGACGGAAGUCCGUCGCUCUCGUGAAGCAAGCAUGGGCAGCUUCUCGCGCCUUCGGAUUUGCAGCUAUCGCUAAGAUCGGUGACGCCCCUAGAGCCAUCAAUAUUCACCGGCUCGACCCGGUUCGCUAUAUGCCCUAUGAUGAAUGUCGUGCAAAGGUCGUCGUCUUCUCUAGGAAAUUCGCUAGAAACACCGUCUUCUUCAGCCUCCAAUGGUAGAAAACCCUAAGUGAAAAUCUAAACGCCUGCUCCACUUAACAUGAUAUUAGACACGCCCGCGCCCUGCUUGUGCCUCUCCGCCCUCCCAUCCGGUUAGUGCUAUUGCUUUCUUCGAUAGUCCGCUGGAUAGCAGACAGCUCCGCGGCCCACCUGUGCUUUUCUGCCAUUGGCCGAUGCUUUAUCCAAUUUUUCUGCCGUACCUUUUGAUUUGCUUAUUAGGGGCCUGAAAAUUUGUCCUGGGAAGGGAAAAAGGUUUACAAAUGAGGUUCCCCUGUAUAUAUCAUUUAUCCAAAAAAUAAUAAUACAACCCAAGAGUACAAUUGUUGUGGAUGAUCGUCUAUCAAAGUGAGUUUCUAAAUUUUAACCAUUAUUUGGUUUUCCUUUUAGCUAAUUAUAUGUGUUACUACCUCCGUCCCGUUGGAAGGUUCUCAUAGCAAAACGGCAUGGUUAUUUAGGCAAUAAUUAAAUACACUACUUCAAGUAUAUUUUGAGAAAUAAUUUUAAUAGGUAUAUAUUAUAAUGUAAUUAGUAUUUAUAAUUGUGAUGUUAUGAAUGUAUUAUUUUUAAUAUUUAAUGAUUAAUUUGUCACUUAAGAUUGUUAAUUGUUUCCUAAAAUGGAAAUGGGAACUUUCUAACGUGACGUCCAAAAAAGGAAAGUGAGAACCUUCUAAUGAGACGGAGGGAGUAAUAAUUUGGGCUCUUUGUUUUAUAGAAAAUGAUAGACAUGAAACUGAGGAGGAUGGAAUAGAUUGAAAUAAUGAAAGACCGUACGACAUGCUAAAUCUCCAACCUUUUUGAUGGGUUGUUAAUGCCGAAUACAUUCAAUUUCAGGUGAGGGAUUCACAUGAAGAUGAAGAUGGAAGCGAAUCAAAUGAUGAAUGAUGCAUACCCAUGAUUUGUCACUUGAGCUUCUCCUAGUAGCAGUGAUAAACAAUCUUUUGGUUUGUGAACAUGAUGUUCAACAGUUUGCUACGUAUCAAACUCACGUCUUUGUCAAAGAGCUUUUAACAUAGCUACUUUGCAUACUUUUGAAUGCUUUUGUACAACCUUAGUUGCUUGGUUUGUAAUGUAAUGGAUUUGAUGUUGAGGCCAACAUUUGUUUCACUUUUGUACGUAAUUAUAAUUAAAUGGCAGCUAGUUACAUUGAUUGGUAUAGGUGUGUAAAAACAUCCUGACUGCAUGUGUGCAAAUAUAUAUACCGUUACAUUACAUAAUUCAUCAGCGUCAAUGU